GCGCAACUCUGACACAUCCGGGACUCGUACCAUAGUCCAUAGUACUCGUGUAAAGUCUAAAAAGUGAAAAGUCUUUCAACUUUACAGGCAUAUUUUUACUAUAAUAGGACAAAAUAUUUUAAAUUAGGUUUUACUUCAAAAUGUUCUUGUGGGAUUGGUUCACUGGUGCACUGGGAUAUCUAGGUUUAUAUAAGAAGUCUGGUAAAUUAGUAUUCCUUGGUUUAGACAAUGCAGGAAAAACGACAUUAUUGCACAUGUUAAAGGAUGAUCGUAUGGCACAACAUGUACCAACACUCCAUCCAACAUCUGAGGAGCUCGCCAUAGGAGGAAUGAGAUUUACAACAUUUGACUUGGGUGGUCACAGACAAGCCAGGCGGAUAUGGAAAGAUUAUUUUCCAGCUGUUAAUGGUAUCGUCUUUAUUAUUGACUGUGCUGAUUAUGAAAGAAUCGAGGAAUCAAAAAGAGAAUUGGAUAGCUUAUUGGCAGAUGAACAAUUAUCCUCAUGUCCAGUUCUUAUCCUUGGUAACAAAAUCGAUCUUCCUGGUGCUUAUAGUGAAGACUACAUUAGACAAUUCUUUGGUCUUUAUGGACAGACCACUGGAAAGGGAAAUGUUGGAGCAAAAGAAUUGGGUACCAGGCCAAUAGAACUCUUUAUGUGUAGUGUUCUUAAGCGUCAAGGAUACGGAGAAGGUUUCAGAUGGCUUUCUCAGUAUAUCUAAUCCAAUAAACGUCACGACAUAAGACCUUUUUGACGCUGUCUCUGAAUUAUGAUAAACUGUACAAAUCUACAUAAAUUUAUCAAGGUAUCUAUGGAAAUCUAUCUAUGGAAACCUGCUCAAAGAUCAUAUUAAGCAUCCAUUGAAAUUCAACAUGAUUACUUGGAGUUACAUGUAAUAUGAAACAGAGUAAGAAGAAAUCGACAGCUAUAGGGAUAUGGUACAAUGAAAUGAAGCGUCAAAUGGAGUCAAUAACAAAAUGGACAAAAACUAUGGAGCAAGAGAGAACAAGACUUAAUUUCUUAACAUGUGGGGUUCCAGGAACAGACUGAAGUGAGAUGUUUUUAUGGUCGUUGUUGAAUGAUGAUAUUUGCAGAAAUCUUGAAGGUCCACAACUGAAAGGCAAGGAAAACAAAAAGGUUACAAACUUGUUACUUACAUUACUGUAAUUCAAACAUUUGUAGCCAUUUUGCAUGUCAUUCAUAUUUUGCCUUACUGGUGUAGGCCUGCUACUUAACUUAUCUACCACAACUGCUACCUCUUUUGCAUACCUUUUAUUGAGGUCCUUAGUAGAUUUAAUAAGUACUACAUAUAAUAAAGUCUGCUUAGGUUCCUCUUAGAUUUCCCAAACUUUCUCCCUCAAGGUUAAAGUGGUUUACACUUAGCAUUCAAACAUGCAGCAUUAUCUACUCGCUCUCUUUUGCUUAUAUCUACUAAGAACCCUGUUUUAUUAUCCUUUUUUAAUUUAAUUUCAAUGCAACUGUUAAUAAUGACUCAAAAUAGCAUUAAUGAUAACUGGUAACAGUAUAUCAAGCUGUUACCUUGCCAUCUUUGGCUACAGCUCUCUAGAGGGCUCCAAAGGUUCUAGUUUGUCCCCAUCGAAGCAGUUAAUGAACGAAGGAGAAUAUCUUUGAGUACCUCCUUUAUUCUUGCCCAUCCAUUGAUUGGAAUUCAUUAGAUAGCUAUACUAAGUUCACACAAAUAUAUUCACUAUGAAUAGAAAACAACCUUCGACUCUAAAUUAUCUGUCCAUUCAAUAGAAAUUUAACAUUGUGUAUUGUACAAAAUAGGAACUAGGAAUUAGAGCUUCUAAAUGUUCUUUCAAAAUCAUGGGUUUUUUUCUCCAUUCUCAUAACACAAUAUCUUUAGUAACUCUUAUCAGUCCAAAACUUGUAAGUAUGGCAACCUAUUUCUUUUGAGUUGUUGUUAGUCUGGGUAAAGAUUUUUUUGCCAAAAGUAAUGCUCUUUGUUAGCUGAUGGAAUUAGAGAUUUUACAUGUACAUUAACCACAACAGCAGCCAUAUUGGAAAUAUCUUUUUCAAAAGAAAUCUGUUGUUCAUAUAUUAUUCCUGUGAUUGAUAUAUCGUAACAUAACAGCAGUUUUACCCAAGGCAUCCCAUGAUGCAUCACAUUGUGCUAAUGAAUGCAGUCUACCAUAUCAUCCAACAUGGCUACUCUUGUGAUAAUGUAAGACAGUAUUAUGUCUUGAUUUAGUUAGAGUAUAGAUUUCAUAUGAGAGGGAAAUAAUGCAUUGAACUUGUUGGUAAUGUUUUUAUUAUGACCUUCGCCAUGAUUUACUGCCAUUCCCAGUCACACUCGACCAACUAGACCUUCAUCACAAAUGAAAAAUUGAAUUUGGGUGGACGUCAAUCAAAAGGGUUUCUAUUGUUUCUAUUGGUUUCUACACCAGGACUGAUGUGAAUACUCACAUGAACACAUGCAAAUGUGCAAAAAUUCUUCAAGAUAGGAUAAGUCAAUACUGAUAGUUUGCAGUUAAACGUUUGCAAUUCGGAGUCGGGAUCCUUAGACAUGUUUAAGAAACCCUUUUGAUUGACGUCCACAAAAACUCAAUUUUUCGUUUGUGAUUUUGGUCUCACUUGGUCGCGUGUGACUGGGAAUCGCAGUAAGUAGUUUUUCCCACUCAUAUGAAAAAAAACUUUACUAAGCCUUACAUCUUUUUAUGGUAUAGAAAUACAGCAUGUGAUGAAAACUGUUAUUGUGUAGAACAGAAACAUUGUACCAAGCUUUUAGAAGCAACAUCUGUAUAACUGGUCCUGCUAUAUUAUUAGAAAAAUCAAUACAUUAAUCUUAUAAGAACAGUGUACAGAUGUUGCAUGUAAUUUAUAUAAAUUAGAAUUAUGUUAAAUGCACAAAAUAAAAGAUUCUUUGAUA